GAGAGAGAGAGAGAGAGAGAGAGAGAGUCAUAUGAUAUGAUGCUCAUCGUCUCCGUGGGUCUUGGAGAAAAGGACCUCUUUUGCUCCAUCACUGAGAUCCCUCUUCUCUUCUCUUCUUGAUUCUACCCAAUUUGGGAGCUAAUCUUUGGUGAAACCCUUGUAAUUUGAUCGGUGAAUCUGGGGUUUGGGUGACUUUUUAUUUAAUUUAGGGUUCUGCAUUUGGAAUUCGAGGGUUUCGAGGGAUUGGGAGGUGGAGAGAUGAUAAUUAAGCGGAGCUUGAGGGCACAAAUGCCGAGCUUGAAGAGGUGCACGGCGGAGGGGCCGUGUUGUGAUGAUUCCGAUGUGGAAUCGAGUCGACGGAAGAAGCGUAGGGAGGCGGCCGAGGACUGGGGGACGUUUCCGCUGGAGAUCCUUGGGCAUGUGUCUGGCACUGGGAUCCCUUACCUACCGUUUGCUGCCGCCGUGGACCCGCCUUGGCAUGCUGACUUCUUCGUUGAGGAGAGGGCUCCGCCGGCCGAGCUGGUGGCGGCGCCGGCGCCGGCGAGGCCGCCGGUUGUGCGGACGUCGAGAGGCCGGGCUCAGGUGCUGCCGUCCAGGUUCAAUGAUUCGGUUCUUAUUGAUCCGUGGAAGAAGGAGAAGCCCAAGGCGAAACUUCGAGACCCGGAUUUCGGCUUCAAGGAAGAGAAAAUCGAGCUGAAAUGUAAGAAAUCAGUGCAAAAAGUUGCCAACUUAAGCUAUUUCGAGCCUAAUCCAUCGACGUUCUCUGGUGAGGAGGAGGAGUGUUAUCGAGCUUGCCGGAAUUUAAGUUCCAAAAAGAAGUAUUAUACUUCGCUUAGUACUCUUACUUCGCUUCACGAGGAUGUGGCUGGAAUGGAAGAGCCACUGGGUAGUAAUGCUGAUUGGAAGCAUCAGAAACAGAGUUUGGAGCAGAGGAAGGAUUUCUUUUGGCCGCAGGACUUCGGUUUGGGGGAUAUUGUGUGGGCAAAGUCAGGGAAGAAGUUUCCUGCUUGGCCCGCCAUUGUCAUUGAUCCAAUGCAGCAAGCACCGGAGUUGGUCUUGAAUUCGUGCAUCCCUGGUGCCAUGUGUGUGAUGUUCUUUGGCUACUCUGGUGGCGGAAAUGAUAGGGAUUAUGCAUGGGUGAAGCAGGGGAUGAUGUUUCCAUUCAUAGAGUAUCUUGAUAGGUUUCAGGGCCAGACACAGUUGCACAAGAGCAAGCCCAGUGAUUUUCGGAUGGCUAUUGAGGAGGCAUUCUUAGCUGAGCAUGGUUUCCUAGGAACCUGCUUGGAUGAGGGGAAUACGGCUUGUCAGCCUGCAUACCAUCAAUCUGUUCCCAGGGGUAUCCAAGAGGCUACUGAUUCAAAUCAAGAGCAAGAAUGCCAAUCACAAAUCCAGGCUGUAAGCAGCUCUGGACAACAAUGUGAAAGUUGUGGGCUGAGUCUAAAGAAAAAGAAGCGUGACACAGAACAAUUACUCUGCAGACACUGCAUGAAGCUAUUAAAGUCUAAACAGUAUUGUGGCAUUUGUAAGAAGAUUUGGCAUCAUACAGAUGGGGGAAGUUGGGUGUGUUGUGAUGGAUGUCAAGUUUGGGUUCAUGCAGAAUGCGACAAAGUAUGCGGUAACCUUAAGGCCUUGGAAAAUGCCGACUAUUUCUGCCCUGACUGCAAAAUGAAAUUUAAUUUUGAAUCAUCAGAUACUGAAAAGAAGCAAUCACAAGUUAGGUUUGCUAACAGUAAUUGUCUGGAUUCUCGACCUGACAAGAUUACUGUCUGUUGCUUUGGUGUUGAGGGGACAUACUUACCUGAACUGCAUGUGGUUAUAUGUCGAUGCGGUUCUUGCAAUUUACUAAAGCUAACACUAACUGAAUGGGAACGGCACACAGGUUCCAAAAGUAAAAACUGGAGGACUAGUGUUAAAGUUAAAAGCUCAAAGCUGGCAUUGGGAAAAUGGAUAGAACAGUAUAAUGCAUUUGCAAACCAUUCUAAGCGGCCAUCUCUAAAAGUACGCAAGCAGAAGCUGUUUGCUUUCUUACGUGAGCCAUAUGACCCUGUGCUUGCUAAAUGGACUACAGAACGUUGUGCAAUCUGCAGAUGGGUCGAAGAUUGGGAUUACAAUAAAAUUAUUAUCUGCAACAGAUGCCAAAUAGCUGUCCACCAGGAAUGUUAUGGCGCAAGAAGUAUACAGAAUUUCACAGCUUGGGUUUGCAGAGCUUGCGAAUCUCCUCAACUCAAGAGAGAGUGUUGCCUUUGCCCUGUUAAAGGGGGUGCUCUAAAGCCGACAGAUGUUGAUACAUUAUGGGUCCAUGUUACAUGUGCGUGGUUUCAACCUGAAGUUUCCUUUGCUAGUGAUGAGAAAAUGGAGCCUGCUGUUGGUACUUAUAACAUUCCACCCCAGUCUUUUUUGAAGAGUUGUACAAUAUGUAAGCAGAUGCAUGGUGCUUGCACACAGUGCUACAAGUGUUCAACGCAUUAUCAUGCAAUGUGUGCAUCAAGAGCAGGAUAUCGCAUGGAGUUGCACACCUUGGAGAAAAAUGGGAAGCAAAUAACAAAAAUGAUCUCUUACUGUGCAAACCACAGGCCUCCAAACCCAGACACUGUAUUGAUAAUUAAGACCCCAACAGGGGUCUUUUCUACUAGAAAUUUGCUUCAGAAUGAUGUUAAACAGACUGGUACAAGGCUAAUUAGGAAAGAUUUGCAUGUAGACACACCCUUUCCUACUCAAAAAUCAGAGUCUUCAGCUGCUGCAAGGUGCUUGGUUUACAAAAAUGGAGGAACUAAGAGAAAAGAAGCUAUUGCCCACCGAGUGAUGGGGUCUAUCCAUCAUUCUUUAGAUGCAGUUCAGAGUCUGAAUGCACCUAAGGAGGAGAAGGAUCCAAGAUCAUUUUCAACAUUCAGGGAACGUCUAUGCUAUUUACAGUCAACAGAAGACACUAGGGUUUGUUUUGGUAGAUCUGGAAUACAUGGAUGGGGUCUCUUUGCACGCAGGGAAAUUCAAGAAGGAGAAAUGGUUCUUGAAUAUCGUGGUGAACUGGUGAGGCGCAGUGUUGCAGAUUUGAGGGAGGCACGCUAUCGGCUAGAAGGAAAGGAUUGCUAUCUUUUUAAAAUCAGUGAAGAGGUGGUGGUUGAUGCUACUGAUAAAGGAAACAUAGCACGUCUGAUUAACCACUCGUGCAUGCCGAAUUGCUAUGCUAGGAUUAUGAGUGUUGGUGAGUUUGAGAGCCGGAUUGUACUUAUAGCCCGGAGAAUCGUUCCUGCUGGGGAAGAACUAACUUAUGACUACUUGUUCGAUCCUGACGAGGCUGAGGAAUGCAAAGUUCCUUGCCUUUGCAAAGCUCCAAACUGUCGAAAAUAUAUGAAUUAGAUUGUAUAGUAAGUACUAUCAAUUCUUUUUCCACAUGGAGCCAUUCUUCCACAACACCAACCUUCUUCCUAAAUUGAGAUUAAUUCUGUAUUUUAUCUUUCAUUUGUUAAGUCAAAAACAAUACCAAAUAAAAUUUUUAGUUAAUUUUGCACACAGAAAGGUGCCAUUGUUGUAAAUUGCUCAGAGUGUUGUAAGAAUCAGUUGGAAAGAGCCCCCUCCAAGAGGAGAGGUUGCUUAUUUAAUUUCUGUGGCAGUUUAAUGAAAUUUGUUAGUAUAGAAAGGGGAAGAGAUCACAGGGUUUCA